AUGAACGUCAUAAAUUACCGAUACAUGGCCCGCGAUGUUCAUCAGCAAUGGGAUGAUGAUGGUUACUCGGACAGAGACAGUGACGACAGUAAUUACAGAUACGAUCAACGGAGUAAGCUGCUUCCACGUGAUGCUAAGGUCGAGAGAGACAGACGAUGGGCGGUGACGGUGGUCGCGAAGGUUUCCAUCAUCAGCACGGCCAUGAUCCUCUUCUGCGUAUUCCUCUACAUACCAGUGUAUAAUAAGGCCAACGAUCAGAUACCGAAAGUCGCAGUAGCGGGCUGGUCACUACAUACAAAUAGGGACACAAAAAUAUACGUACAGCCAGACAACGUCACAACACUCCACGAACCAAAAGAUAUAUGUCCAAAAAGUAAUAGAAAUAAAAGAAAUAGUUUAUUCUUACUAAUAGUAGUGUGUUCUUCUACGAGUAACUUCGCCGAAAGGGCCGCGAUACGUGAAACUUGGGGCAACUAUCAGAAUUAUUUGAAUACAUCGAAAAUUUUUCACGCUGUCAGAGACAAACAUAAAGAUUACAAUUACACGUAUGAUUUAUAUGAAGAAGUUGACACGAAAAAUGUCAAUGUUAGUGAAAAUACGAUAGGUAGGGAAAAGAGAGACAUAUCUGGUAUUGGUCAGUUCCUACCCAAACUGGCUCAAGUCUUGCAAAAUAAUCUGGUCAAUGUUGAACAUGAAGUGCCAGAUGAAAAAAGGUUUGAAGAUGAGGAUGAUAAAGAACAGGAAAUGUUGCCAGAGUUUGACAUGAACAAAGAAUUAAAUGAACAAGAUGACGAUUUAGAUAUGGAAUACGAUUAUCAGUCGAAUAUAAUGAAGAUUCCUCCAAAAGGUUAUGAGGAUGAGAGCCCAGAUUUAGGGAAAAUAUUAACCAUUCUCAAAAAAUCAAAGGAUAUUCCAAAAGAAGAUGUCACUGAUAAGGAACCUGGUAACAUUAAUGUGGAUUUUAAGGUUGUAUUUCUAUUGGGGUUGCCAUCGCAGGAUAACGAAACUGAAGUUCAGGAGAAAAUUGAACAAGAAGUAGAAAAAUAUGGUGACAUAAUUCAAGAAGGAUUUAUUGAUUCAUACAAUAAUUUGACUUUGAAAUCUAUUAUGAUGUUGAAGUGGGUCACCAACAAUUGUAAUGAAAGUGUACGUUACAUCCUAAAGACUGAUGAUGAUAUGUACGUGAAUGUGCCAAAUCUUGUCUAUACCCUGAAGAACAGGUCCAAGAUCCACGACACUACCAAGGGUCAGGAGCUGGAGUACUUAUUGAUAGGUGACCUGAUAUGUGGAGCGCGACCGGUUCAGGAUGUUGGCAGUAAAUGGUACAGUCCAAAGUAUAUGUAUGGGGCCAGGGUAUACCCACGGUAUCUAUCUGGGACGGGAUACGUCAUGUCCGCUCCCACUGUUAGAGCGCUUUAUAAAGCGGCCUUGACUACUGCGUAUUUCCAUUUAGAGGACAUUUAUAUUACUGGUAUAUGCUCAGUGCGAGCGAAGCCUCGCAUCACGCCUCGCGACGAGCCCGGCUUCUCGUACAGCGCGGUGGGCGAUGACGCGUGCGCCGCCCACGCCCACGUCACCGCACACCGCGUGCGUCCUGCUCACAUGCGCAGCAUCGCCGCGCGUCUCGCCCACGAGUGGGAGGCCGACGUAUGCGAAAGGAAGCGCCUCACUCAGAUGAAAAAACCUAGUGGAAUAUACGUUGUAUACAAGUAUCUGCGAUUACUCGUCUCCAAACAUUGC